AUGCUGUUCCACAUUUUACUAUCCUUUACGCUGUGUCACAUUUACAAAGUCAUUCCUCAGCAUUGUGACAAUGGAGAAUACUCUAUAUUUGGAAAGAUGCUCAGAGGACACAUAUUUAAAACGAUAAAGGUAUCAACGCCCCAUGAAUGUCUUCAGGCGUGCAACAAUGACAUCAGAUGUCGAAGCUUUAAUUAUGUCAUCAUGAGAGACGUGUGUGAACUUAACAACCGGACCAAGGAAGCCAGGCCUGAAAAUUUUGUUCCUGACUCUAAAAGAUACUAUUUUAAAAGAACUGCAAAAUCAGGCAAGUUUUUUUAAAUACGAUACGUCCUUGACAGCUUGGAAAUAGACUAACAGACUAAAACUAUAUAAGAAAUUGGAAAGUACUAAGAAUGGGAAAGUAUGAAGUUUUUCUCUACAGGCCAAUGCGAGAAAAAAUCUCGUAUAGACGGAUACAUUUCACAAAAGUGGUUAAUUUUAAUGACCCAAAGCCAGCCUUGAUGGCAUUGAGAAAUUGUGCCUUGCCAGAACAGGGUGUUCUGUCGCACUUUGUAAUACCUGUCGCACUUUGUAGUACUGUACACUUGUCGCACUUCAUAAUAAACUUGAAAUGGAUGGUCGGAGGACAAGUAACAACAACAACAACAACAAUGAUAAUAAUACUAAUAAUACUACUACCACUAAUAAUAGAAAUAAUAACAAUAGAUCAACAUGAAGAUCACUUCGUGUUGCAGUGCAUUUAGAACACUGUAUAAUGAGGUCAGAAACCAAGACCUCGCAGCAACUAUAUUACAGUUUUUGCUUUACAGUCCCACUCGGUUCUAUUCCUGAGAUACCUGCCGAAACUUGCAAAGAAAUCAAAGCUAGUGAAUUUGGACAAGCAGUCAGUGGUGACUAUUGGUUUGAUUCGGUUCUACCCGGCAAGACAAUUCUUCUUCCUUGCAAUAUGGAAACAGAAGGUCAGUGACUCUACGAGUCCGUAAAAGAUCGUCUCAGGGUUAUGUUCACGCUGUACCGAAUAGCUUUUUCGUGGCGACUCGAAAAGUCCUCCGGUAUAGCAUGAACAGCAACGACACCGAACUGGAAAAAUUCGUCCACACGCAUCAAACAUCGUGCCGCCAGAGCUGUUGGCCGAGAGGGUUUGGUUCUCUAAAUGUCAAUCAUCACUUUCAAUCCUUUCGUUCCAGUCGUCUUUCUACUUAUUUACUUUUGCUACUGUCCGAAGACCUGUUCACACCACACUAAAGUGUGCCACAGAACCAAUCACAUAUGUGAUGCUCCAAUUCGCUCCGUUACCGAACUCGCGCCUAGAUCAAGUGACGUUCAAACUAAGAAACUAUCGCUUCUUCUGAGUUUCUACUUUCAUGUGAUACUAGAGCACCUUUAAAACGUUAUACAAAAAAAUUUUCGGUUCAAAAGGGUUCUUUGUUUUGCAAUACAGGACGCUUGAAUUUCCAGGCUUUAGCGUGACGCAGCAUUUAGCUGGCGGCCGGGAAAGCUCUUAUGUGGGUUAAAAACAUUACGGAUUUUUGGAGAUUUUGCUAUCUAAAGAUUCCUUGUCUUAGAAUGAAUAUUACUUUAAUCUUUAUGAGUUCCUUAAGCGAAGAAUUCACGCAUAAGUAGGAAAACUCAAAAACAGAUGUUUCUGUUGGUUUCCGGCGGCCAUAUUUGUGCCCCUGAAAGGGACACAAACAUGGCGUCUCCAUAUAAAGCUUUAUAAAUUGAGUAAAACGUUUUUCCGAAUAUCUCGCAUACCAACGUUUGCAUAGACCUGAUUCUUGGCACGGUUUUUGUAUUUUUAUCUUCUUUCAUUUCCCAGAUUCUAGACUUUCUGUAUUAAAAGGUUUCCAUUUUUAUCUCUGCUUUCUCACGUGAGUGAAAACCGAGAAUUCGGAAUGAUUUUCCUGCCGUCGCAAAAGCUGUCCAGUAUAGUACAGUAUGAACAUAACCUCAGAUGAAUGACAUGAUACCAGCCCAGUUUAAGUUACCUUCGCUGUUAUCUAUUAAGUGGUAUCACCGUAUACAUUCCUUAAAAUCUGUGUGCCUGUUUCAGAUGCCGAUGAGUGCACCGCGCCAGCCGUCUGUGACGUCAUCAAUAGCAACUGUACCAAUACCCUUGGUUCCUAUUUUUGUUCCUGCAAAGUUGGUUUCACUGGAGAUGGUAGGACCUGUACUGGUAAGAUGAAUACAAAUACGGUUCUGCAAAAAUAAUCACAUUUCUCACAUGCACCUAACUUGAAUAGAAAAACAUGCACUAGGCCAUUUCCCAGUUCCAAAAAUUCGCACUUUCACAACGCGGCUUAAUGCAAAACCUUUCUUGCAAAAAUACAUUUUAUUUGGAGAGGAAUAAAAAAUUUUCAUAUCAGAAGAUUCGCACUUAUCUUCACUUUGAAACAGAGGCUUGAAGCAGCUCUGAAAUUGUCUGUUGCACCGUUACUCACUCGUGCUGCACACUUUUAAACGUGCUUCGUUUAUUAAACAGAUACAACAAAUUGUAAAUGCUUAAAACAGGGGUUCCCUUUUCUCUCUUUUAUCUUGUUGACUUAUAUACCUUGAUAUCAAAGAGUGUGCCGACAUCUCUUAACUAAAGCCUUUUAAAAUGGUCCAAACGCAGCUUGAACUACAAAAGUUAACAGCGGGGCUCCCAACCAUACAUGGCUUUUUCCUUAGACUUCCCUUACUAGGCUAUCUACAAUGCCUUUAAGUUUCUAGAAUUGGGAUAUCCUAGGACGUCUUUAGACUUCUCGAAAUGUUAGAUGGUAUUUGGAAGAGUUUACAGAAACAAGGUAUUUUCUGAUUUUCCUCUUUUUUUUCUUGUCACUAUUUUUGAAGAAGAAAAUUGGGUUGGGGGGGGGGGGGCGGUGUCCUUUCUUAGGAAUAAUAGUCAAACAUGGGGAGCCAAUUGCUCAAAACCCAUGUUCCUCCCCGAAAAUCUUUCAAAAAUGGAACAGUCAUGUAGAAAUGUUUAGCUUUUCUCAAGCCUAACCAUCCCUAGGGAAUCUAUUUGCUUCCUCGAACAGAUAUUUCACAGGACACAGUUGCUUAGUGUUCCUGGAUAACGGUUCAUUGAGUUAGAAUACGGUGGUUCGCUUUGUUACAUCGAGAAGUAUAGUUAAUCCUUCUCAGGGUCUCCUUAUCUUCUAUCCUUGGAGUAUACGCCACAAUGGUAACAAGAAAAACAAGGGAUAGGAAAGUUUUACUAAAGAACCCUGUCUCUUACAUUUGCUGUGUCCACAGAUGUCAACGAGUGCAGUGUUUCUCCCUCUGUAUGUCACGUCAAUGCCAAUUGUCAGAACAACGUAGGCUCUUAUGUUUGUUCUUGUAACACUGGAUUUGCUGGAGAUGGGAAAACAUGCACAGGUAAUAAGAUUGCACCAUUUCUAUUUGUCACUGUUCCUUUGCUUCAACUUCCGGGUUUAACAAUAAACCAAAGUUGCCAAAAGUGCCAAAAUGCAUCUAAAUUUGCAUAGUUCUAAUACGCUUUGAUAGGAACUAUCUUUCUCACGACAAUCAUAUUAAUCAUGGUGAACAGCCAGUGGAAAGGUAUUCUUUGCGUUUGAUUUUGCUCACAAUUGAACUAGGCCACAAGCGCCCCAAAAAACUGCAAUGGGCUUACCCCGAUAUAGCCUUGUCCCUGUUGGGUAAGGCUCUUUCUGCUUGCUUAAUUUUCUGGGUGGCGGCCAGGGGGAAGACUACACUGAGUCGCUAUAUCAGGGUCUGUAAGGAAACUCCCGGGAUCCGGGAUUUGGCCAAAACACACUGCGGGAUUUGCCAAGGGGGAACGGAUGUGGGAUUGGGGAAGAUAACGAUUUUCGGGAUAGUAAUGAAAGAAGUUCUGGAUGCGGGAUUCCCGUGAAAAAGGAGCGGGAAUGCUGGAUCAGCGCUUCUAUUUCUAGAGUCUGAUGCGCUAUGUGCUGAAAAAGUUAUCGGCCAAAGGACAGGAACGUGCUACUGAGGAAGAGUGCCUAUUGCUAAAUAUUUUCCGUUUUGAUCGAUAGAUGUUAACGAGUGUAGUGCCUCAGCUUCCGUUUGUAACGUCCCCAAUGCCAACUGUCAGAACAAUAUAGGGUCCUAUGUUUGUUCUUGUAGUGCUGGAUUUACUGGAGAUGGGAACACGUGUACAGGUAAGAUUGUACCGUUUACUUGUCUAACAACCGGAGUGGACCUAGGCCUGUAGUCUGAGAAAACAGCCGACAUUUCUUGACACUACCACAAGUUUUCAUGCACAAAAUGACGUCUGAGGAAUGAACAUGGAAAUUUCACACUAAUGACGUGUCACUACUUUGAUCUGGGCAGUGCUUCUGAUUGGUCUUGCCGUGAAGGAAAUAGGGGUUAGCCAAUCAGAAGCAUCACCCAGAUAUGGGUAGUAAAACGUCGUCAGUGUGGAAUUUCUGCGCUCGUUCCCCAGACGUCAUUAUCGGCUGUUUUCUCAGGCCAGAGUAAGCCCAAAAAUGCCACAAAAUCAACAAAUGGCUCUGAUAGGAGCUUAUACCAACACUGGCUAUUUUAAAAAAAUUUCCGUUUUAAUCCAUAGAUAUAAAUGAGUGCAGUGCCUCACCUUCUGUUUGUGACGUCAAUGCCAACUGUCAGAACAAUGCUGGUUCUUAUAUGUGUUCUUGUAAUGCCGGGUUUAUAGGAGAUGGAAAUACGUGCGAACAAGGUAUGUCGAUGUUACUGUCAUGGCACAUCACUGGUCCGGGGGCGGGUUUUGUUUAACGCUGAGUUAAGAUAACCCACGGUUAGUGCGAAAGUUAAAAAAGCAAAUUAAGUUGAAUUCUUUUGUCAACAAUUAAAUGAUUCGAUGCUCAAAAAAGAAUCGAGAAAAUUAUCCUGGAAAAAGCUUUUGAAAAGAAGGAAUUAGCCCUGGAUAAAAAUCUAAUCCUGGGUUGGCGCUAAUCGGUCUUCGAACAACUAGCUGGGCCCAGGAGAAAUAAUUUUCCUGCAAGAGCUGUCUAGAUCUCUUGUAAGCUGUGUGCGGUACACGUAUUUGCUAAACACACGGAAGUAGCAGUCUUUUCAGGCUUAGACGACUCUUCAAAGCGAAACGUGAGCGAAAUCGUACACUAAGCGCCCUUCCUGUGAAUUAGUGCCCCUCUUCCAUUGACUCAAAAAAAAAAAAAAAAAAAAAAUAAAAAUAAACAAAUAAAUAACCCCGGGGCUAAUUCAAGCACAUUACUAAGGGAAGGACGGGAUAUGACCUUAUCUCACUGUUCCUCUUCAGAAUCAACUGUAUUGCGUUUUACUUGAAAAAAAUAACAAAUAACAAAUUAAAGUGAUUUAAAAGUAAGGACAUUUAAUAUGUGGUCGAAAUUCUGCUGCAAGGUCUGGAAACUUGUAACAUACUUUGCUUUUGUUUUGUUUUGUUUGUUUAAUUGUUUGUUUUCAUCGUCAGGAGUAUACGUUUCAUACGGCAACCGGGAGUCAACUUCGCGUCUCGUUCAAAUAAUUCAAAUCUGAUUACAAAAAGCAUGUUUAAGAAACCCAACUGAUACUGAGGAGGCGAACCAGUUGGCUAUUUCACAAGUGUGGCCGAGGAUUUGAACUUGGGACAAGGACAACAAAUCCAGUUAGCGGUCAGGGUGGGACUUGAACUCGGGGCCUCAAAAGCUGCUGUAGUCUGCUACACAGCCGUUAUUAGGGUCGUCACGCAAUGCUCCUCCCCACUGGGGAGGAGCGUUGCGUGACGACACUAAAAACAGCUUUGUAGCAGACUACUCAAGAGCCGGCUGCAGACUCCUAGGGCCAAUUUAAGGGUAAAUUUAAUAAAACUUUUAAAAGUGUACGCAUUGUUUUCGUGUCUAAAAACAAUAGCUACACUAAGACUUGUAAAUUACUCUUGUAAUAGUUUUAUUUAAUUCACACCUGAUGGUUGCCAUAAGUGACGGUGAGCUCAAUCUCGACGAUCUAACGGAAAGAUAGGGGCUGGGUUGUGAACAGUCUAAGUAGGGUAACACCCCCCUUUACUUACUUUUCUUCCUUGUCUUUCUUUCCUCCCGUUAGACACGAGUUCCUGUGCAGUGCGAAGAGCAAAUUCACAGACAACUGACGGAAUUUAUCAGCUUCAAACAAGUUCUUCCUCAAUUCCGGUAAGUACGUUUCGGCUGAGUUUCAAGAUUAUUUCAGUUCGAUUUUUUUAUUAAAUGGGCAGUCGUUAAAAGGCAGCAGAAAGCAAUUUACAACCUGGCCCAUGAUACGGCUUCAUUCAGUUAAAAAUGUAAAAAAAAAAUUGACACUUCUGGCGUAAUGGAUGGUUAACUCGUUUGCCUCUUACAGUUUAUGAAGGUUAAGAGAAUAAAUUUUAUUAUAAAAACACCAAUGAAAUACCAAGUGAGCUUCCGCGCGAAAACUUGAUAUCUUCACAUGUGAAAAUAUCACCGUUGUUAUAUGGCUUCAUAAGAAACCUUUCAGACCAAAAUGGUUUGGUAUUUCAUUAGUGUUUAUAUCAGAACAUUACAUGAUCACUUGGAGAUACGGAAUUUCUCUUCUCGUGUUGAAAAAAUAUUUCACUCGUUCGCUGCGCUCACUUGUGAAAUAUUUUUCACACUCGAAAAGAAAUUUCGUAUCUCCGCGCGACCAUGUAAUAUCCUCUAUAUAUGUCUUCGCCGAAGAAACUAGGGAGCUUUAGCAUCGACGACGGCAACGGCAGCGAAUACGAAAUAACUACGCAUAUGAAAGGGAUGGGGAUGCUCGUCGGAAAUUUUGAAUUAAACCCCUAAAGGAGACCGAUCUGGGCGUGGCUCAAGCUUUUUUUGACCCCUAAAAGAGACCAUGUUAAAACACAGACAAUGUAUGUAUUUUUAUAUUUUUUCGCGUGCAACCCUAAACGAGACCUUCAAGGCUAAAUAUGAUGGCGUUUUGCCCAGAACACCCUAAGUGAGACCAAAAUCUGAAAUUUACUCCCCUAAGCGAGACGACGAGCAUCCCUACCCGUUUCAUAUGAGGAGUCCCCCCCCCCCGGGGGUAAGUGACACACCAUCAGGGUGGAAUGCCCGCGCUUGUUACAGCAUAUUGGAACCCAACGACUGUUUUCUGUAAUAUAUCUGUGCGGAAAAAUCGCUACGAUUUCCUGUUUAAUUACAUUUCACUCCCCAUGUUAGGCCUCUGUUAGGCUAUUAUUCGUACAAACAAUGGAAAGGUAAAAUUUUCGGAUUUAAAAAUGUGAUGGAGGGAAGAAUUAGAAAAAUUCUCAUUUUCGUGAUACAAGUUAAAUUGAAUUUUAAAUUUUCCUGAAAUUUUCGGGAAAAUAAUACUGAAGCCAUUGCCAUUGUAACUUCAGUCGAAAAGACUCAAGUUCCCCUAGGAUGACCGAACAGGUACCAAUUAUAUAGCGACUCCUAGAAUGCAUUUCUAGAGAUCUAAGAGUACUCUGAAUAGCCUAAAAAGUAUUUUCAAUAUAUUUAGGGGGAAACCGUCGUUGGGUGUCCCUGUAUAAAAAAGAUCUACAGUCCCCAGAAAAUCAUUAAGCAGCAACUACACUUUAACUGCAAAGGACCGAAAACGAAUGUGCUGCAUAUUCGUUUGCUGUCCUUUGUGGUUAAUAAUAGGGAGCCUAAGCAACGACGACGCGGACGGCAACGAGAACGGCAAAAAAGCAAUAGGUUUGAUUAGCAAAACAACAACUUUGCACGUGCAUCACGCUUUUUUUGUAUAAUUCUUUGCCGUCAGUGCACGACUACAACGUGAAAGUGCCUGAAUUCACGUUUUGUCGAGGACGGGAACACAAGACAACAACUUUCUUUUCUUUUCCUGAACUUUGAUACAGUCCUUUAGAAUUCAACUCCAAAAACAUUUGCCAACAUUUGACGGAGCAAACGAGAUGGAAUAAGCGCGAUAAAGUUUGAAGCGGUCGCCGUCGUUGUUGCUUAAGUUCCCUAAUGUUCAGUUAUCCUCAAUAGUUUGCCGCUCUGCUUUUGCCAAUAUAAGAGAGCUUUAGAUUUGAGGACGAGGACACCUGCGACUACGAGAUUUAACUUAAAGUUUUUUCGCGUAUUCCCGAAUAAUAUUGACCAAUAUUUAACCCGAGAAGCUUCAUUGUACAAUUUUCAACGGAACAAUCAGUGUGGUUAUUUUUAUUAGAGGAGGUUUAGCCCUUUCCGGGUCGAAAAAUGAUUAAAAUUCUCAAAUUUGGUAACUUGUUCCCGUAACUACGACAUUUUCGCGAAAACGCGUAGUAGAAUGACGACGGCUAUCACGUUUUCCAGCCAAAAUGACGCUGGCUUAUGCAAGAGCACUAUUUAGUGCUGAGAAAAUCUUGUACUCUUAGUCGUCCUCGUCUCAGAAUCUAAAGCUCUCCAGUAGCUGACCGGCGCGUCCCCAGUAACGGCGCCAAAAAAGAAUUGCGGUGUUCCAGUCCUCUUCUUGUUUCUACAAUGGCGUAUGGCCGCCAAACUCAGUUAAGGCUCAAAUUUUUCCUUCAGGUGUAUUGUGACAUGACUGCUAAUGGAGAGGGUUGGACCCUCGUGGCUCGGUUCUCUAACGCUGACUCCAAAAACUGGAUGAAAAAUACUGGAGAAUGGUGGUACGAUAAAACUGCCGCUUAUGGAGAUACAACUGUCCCCUCAAGCAACACUGACAUGAUCUCUCCAGCAUUCUGGCUUGUCACCGGCACUCAUUUCAAGAUUACGCGCAGUGAUGACCCUCAGACCGCUUUGUUGAAGACCACAAGUAACUGUUUGGGCGGACAGACAUUCAGAUCUAAGAUAAGAAGCUAUGGUAACUUCAGGAACAGCAAAGUUUGGGCAAGCAACAAAUGUCUAGGAAAAUGUGCGGUCCAAUACGGCGGACAAUACCAAACAACUUCUGGUUUUAAGACGACAACUUGCUCUGGGAGCAUCCAAGGUGCUAAUUAUAUCGGGUUCUGGUGCGACUAUAGUGCUGGUGAUGGAGCUGUAAUGAUGAUUGGUGGUGGCGGAUCUGGUUGUUCACGUGCUGAUCACGGGAUUGGGGUAACAGAAGCUAACAGCGCUAACUUCGGGUCCGGUCCUGAGAGAGAUUUUGGCAAUGAUGGUGGUUCCGGGGCCAGCGCCUACUCGUUAAACCUGUGGGUGCGCUGA